AUGUCGGUGUCGCCCGCCCUCCCUGACCUCUCUCGUCUCUAUCAGACUGAGUUUGUUCGCAGUGCCCGAGCAGUCGGUGUCCUCUGGGCCAUCUGCACGCUCUGCUUCGCCAUCAUCCAGGUGGUCGUCCUGGUGCAGCCCUCCUGGAUCGGCACUGCUGAAACCCGGCACCAGGGGGCGCCCAGCGGCACCCUGGGACUGUUUGAGGUGUGUGUGGAGUCGGACUGGCCGGUCCCAGACUGUCGUGGCCGUCUGUCCAGCCUGUCUCCUCUACCGUCCUUCCAGUCGGUGGCAGUGUUGGUGGGCGUGUCCCUGUGGGCCGUGUGGACCAGUGUCCUCUGUCUCUGUCUCUUCCGAUUCUGCAGUGCUGCAACCGUCUACAAGAUCUGUGCCUGGCUGCAGCUCACAGCUGGAUUCUGUCUGGCGUUGGCCUGUCUUCUGUUUCCAGACUCGUGGGAGAGUCCAGAGAUGAGAUCUCUGUGUGGAGACUCAGUGGGCAGUUUCUCUCCAGGUAACUGUUCCGUCCACUGGGCCUACAUCCUCGCCAUCCUGGGAGUUCUGGACGCCGCUAUCUUGGCCAUGCUAGCGUUCGUCCUUGCCAACAGGCAGGACGCCCUGUUGCCACCAGACGCCAAGGACGUGACCACAGGCCUGCUGAUGUCAGCGUGAUGUCAUCAGGUCGUCAGUUCUCCUCCUGAUCCCUCCAUCAUUAUCGUCUCCUGGAUAUCACCUCCACCUUCUGUUGUCACAGUUAUGAAAGGGGGGGGGGGGGGGGUCUGUGAACCUCACCUGCUCAUGUCAUGUGUGGGUGGAGUCAGACAGAGAGGAGGAGGAGCCUAAACAUGGCAGCCUGGUAAUGAAGCCACAAACAAAAACGUGUUGACGUCAGAGUCAGUCUGCGUUUAAACCGAGUUGUAUUCACGUGUUUGUGAUGAGAGGGAAACACCUGCUAAUGCUAAGCUAACUGAUGUCAUCAGAAUCAUUUGAGGGGUGUUUAAAACGGUCUGAUGACUGUUCUUCAUGUCUUCUCUUUGUAGCAUCCGAUACUAGCGAGCUAAUGUUAGCUUGGCUCAGUUAGUACUCCUGAACCUUGAACGAAUAGUCUGACGUAGUAAUUCCUCCUGUUGUUUGUUUCUGAGUCGCAUGUUUCUGCUGAAUCAGUUAAAUCUCUGUUUAGCUUAGUUUAGCACAAUAUUUUGAAGCAGGGGCAACUGUUAGCCUCUAACAGCGGUACAGUGUUAUACUGAAUGUUUCAAACAGUCAGUGCAUCCAAUAGAACAUCUGAUAUAAAGGCUGAGUCGUGUUCACUAGCAGCUAAUAGCUGCCAGUCAAACUUUACUGAUUGUUAGCAUUAGCUUUAUCAUUAGAGGUAAGAGCCACCCUGGCGAAGAUCAUAAAACGGAGAUGGCUACUCCGUAUAUCAACAGUAGUGACAGCUUUAGUUUUUACUGUUUAAUAGUCACGUACAUAAAGUCUAUCAGCUCGGGUUAAUUGGGUGUCACGUCAUUCUGAGGGCCGAGCUCCGAGGUGUUUGGCAUUAGCUUCAGAGCCAGUGAGUUUAGCGUUUGCCUCUGGGUUCAUUUUGCAUAGCAUAGCAUAGCUAACUUGACUUCCAGUUAACCUCUGGGGCCACUUAGCUUAGAAUUAUUUUACAAUCCAGUUACAACCCUGGGUCUAGUUAGCAUAGCAUUAGCUUCAGGAUCAGCUAGCUUGUUGGGGGUUACCUCCUGACUAUCCUAUUAUGUGAUGAACUGUGCUAAGCAAUGCUAAGCUCAGAGAUGAAACUGGCCUGAUGAUGUGACUCUAGAGAAAACAGAGUGUGACAUGACUUUCCUAAAAUGUUCGCUUGACCUUUAACCUUUAAAGCACAUGAAGACCGUGCUCAGUUCCUUUCACUGAGUUUUCCAGGCUGAGCAGCUGUUUGUGGUUUUAUUUCGUUUUCAGAGCUCGAUCAGUGUCGACUCUGAUCAAGUUCAUGUGAUAAUCGUGUUUGUGAGAAAACUUUUCUUUAAAUAAACAAAUUGGAAACGUU